UCAGGAAGUAGUGUGUUGUAUUAUAUUUGCCGACUGAAAAUCCUCAUGACAAUCUGCUGUCGAGAUCCCAACUGCUAGGAAGUCACACAGUGCCCUCAUGGCUGGAAGAAGAGUUGUUGUGUUCCCCUCUUCAACAGAGCUCGGCCCAGUGCUGGUCCACCUGGUGACGUCCCGGGCUGAGAAGGCAAUCGCUUCUCAUGGCAGGUUCACCCUGGGACUCUCAGGUGGAAGCUUGGUGUCCAUGCUCAGCAAAGAGCUGCUCGCCCUGCCAGAGCUGGACUGCAGCAAGUGGGUGGUUGGCUUCUGCGACGAGCGACUGGUUUCCUUCGAUGAUCCAGAGAGCACCUAUGGGCUGUAUAAGAGUCAGCUGUUUUCCAAAGUCAACAUUCCUGAUAGUGGGAUCCUAACCAUCGACCCCUCUCUGCCAGUGAACGAGUGUGCUGAGGAUUAUUCUCGCAAACUGAAAGAGACCUUCCCAGAUGAUGAUUUCCCUGCAUUUGACCUGUUACUGUUGGGUAUGGGGCCGGAUGGACACACUUGCUCACUCUUCCCGGACCACCCUCUUCUGGAGGAAACCAAGAAGACUGUGGCCCCAAUCAGUGACUCUCCCAAACCACCGCCACAGCGUGUGACGAUGACUCUCCCAGUGGUGAACUCUGCACGAUGUGUGGCUUUUGUAUCAACAGGAGGAAGUAAAGCAACCGUUUUGAAGGAAGUGUUGGAGGGGAGAGAGGGUUCAGCAUUUCCAGCAGCCCGUGUCGUCCCAACCAGGGGCGAGCUGUUCUGGCUUGUCGAUGACCCUGCAGCUGCCUCCUUAACUAUCCAGGUAGAGAGGCCGAGCUCAGGCGCCAGACUGUAGAGCUGCUGGCCUAAUAAAGGCAGGAGGUCAACACUGAGUGAAAACCUGAAUGAAGACACUGGAAAGUAGUGCAGAACAUUCCUAUGUAGGUCAGAUAGUGGGUUAUGAUACAGAGAUGAACCCCCCCAAAAAAAUGUAAGGACAACUUUGUGAUAAGGCACUUAUUGUAAUUUUGUUUGUGUGAGAUCAAGUAAGGUUUUAAGAGAACUUCCACUUGAAACAUGUUUACUGUGCAGAAUAAUACAUGUGCAGUUUGACACUAGAAGCUCAUCCUUAUUAAGUGCAGCAAGUGAAGUGAGAGAACAGGAAACAUGCAGCUUACAAACAGUGAGAAUGAACUUUUUAAUGAAACCAUGUUGCAUCCAGCAUCUGUGUGUGCGGUGUGUAAAGAAAGUAUUUCUCUAUGUCUUAAAAUAUAACUGGAGGGGACCUUUCAUUUUUGAUUUUCUUGGAUGUGAAGUCAAGUAAGUUCAAUUAACCUGACCAAGUUACUUCAUCAAUAUAUAGUUUUUUUAAAAAGCCAUGUAUUUUCUUGUUCUCUGAUCUGAACCUUCACAUCCUUUAUAAAAUAUCAAAUAAAGUUACUAACAUUUGAUGCUGAAA